AUGAAGGCCCUUAAUAUUCUAUCCAGAGACAUUUAUGCUUUGUGUGUUGCUUACCCAGAACCUCUGGGAGAACGACUGUACACAGAAACAAAAGUUUUUCUGGAAAAUCACGUCCAACAUUUGUACAAGAAGGUUCUGGAUUCCGAAGAAAAGAUUUUGACUAUGUACCAUAAAUAUUGGGAAGAGUACAGUAAGGGUGCUGAUUAUAUGGACUGCUUAUAUAGAUAUCUCAACACACAGUUCAUCAAGAAAAACAAAUUGACAGAAGCUGACCUGCAGUAUGGGUACGGUGGAGUGGAUAUUAUUGAACCACUGAUGGAGAUAGGAGAGCUAGCUCUGGACAUGUGGAAGAAACUGAUGAUUGAGCCAUUACAAACCAUCCUCAUCCGAAUGCUCCUCCGGGAAAUAAAAAAUGAUCGCUGUGGAGAGAACCCAAAUCAAAAAGUAAUCCACGGGGUUAUCAACUCCUUUGUUCAUGUUGAACAGUACAAGAAAAAGUUCCCACUUAAGUUUUAUCAGGAUCUCUUUGAAGGUUCAUUUCUAACAGAAACGGGAGAGUAUUACAAACAAGAAGCUUCAAAUUUACUUCAAGAGUCAAACUGCUCGCAGUAUAUGGAAAAGGUUUUAGCAAGAUUAAAAGAUGAAGAAGUUCGAUGUCGGAAAUAUUUGCAUCCUAGCUCAUAUGCCAAAGUAAUUCAUGAAUGCCAGCAACGAAUGGUAGCAGACCACCUGCAGUUUCUUCAUGGGGAAUGCCAGAAUAUCAUUAAACAAGAAAGGAGAGAAGGUGAGAAAUAUGACAUGGCAAAUAUAUAUACUUUGCUCCGUGCUGUCUCAAACGGAUUACCUCAUAUGAUUCAGGAGCUUCAGAAUCACAUUCAUGAUGAGGGCCUUAGAUCCAUCAGUAACCUCUCUCAGGAAAAUAUGCCGACACAGUUUGUGGAAUCUGUUCUUGAAGUUCACAGUAAAUUUCUUCAACUUAUCAGUUCAGUCCUUAAUGGAGAUCAACACUUCAUGAGUGCACUUGAUAAGGCCCUAACAUCAGUAGUAAACUAUAGAGAACCCAAAUCUUCCUGCAAGGCUCCAGAGUUGCUAGCUAAGUACUGUGACAAUCUAUUAAAGAAGUCUGCAAAAGGAAUGACUGAAAAUGAAGUUGAGGACAAACUGACCAGCUUCAUCACAGUUUUCAAGUACAUUGAUGAUAAGGAUGUCUUUCAGAAGUUCUAUGCCAGAAUGUUGGCGAAGCGAUUGAUACAUGGUCUUUCGAUGUCUAUGGAUUCUGAAGAAGCUAUGAUCAAUAAGCUCAAGCAAGCCUGUGGUUAUGAAUUCACGAGCAAGCUUCACAGGAUGUACACUGAUAUGAAUGUCAGUGCUGACUUAAACAACAAAUUUACAGCCACUUUUUUAAGGCAACAGGACACUGUAAUAGAUCUUGGAAUCAGUUUUCAGAUCUACGUACUUCAGGCUGGUGCAUGGCCACUGACUCAAGCACCCUCAUCUACAUUUGCCAUUCCUCAAGAAUUGGAAAAGAGCGUACAGAUGUUUGAGCUGUUUUACAACCAGCACUUCAGUGGUAGAAAACUUACUUGGCUGCACUAUCUAUGUACAGGUGAAGUAAAAAUGAACUACUUAUCCAAGCCUUAUGUAGCGAUGGUUACCACAUACCAAAUGGCUGUGCUGCUGGCAUUUAACAACAGUGAAAUAGUCACUUACAAAGAGCUACAAGACAGCACACAGAUGAAUGAAAAAGAACUUACCAAAACCAUUAAAUCCUUACUUGAUGUAAAAAUGAUCAACCAUGAUUCAAACAAGGAAGAUGUCGACUUGGAUUCAGUUUUCUCUUUAAAUAUGGGUUUCAGCAGUAAAAGAACAAAAUUUAAAAUUACAACUUCCAUGCAAAAAGAUACACCACAGGAGAUGGAACAAACUAGAAGUGCAGUCGAUGAGGACAGGAAAAUGUAUCUGCAGGCUGCUAUAGUCCGCAUCAUGAAAGCACGUAAAGUGCUCCGACACAAUGCACUUAUUCAAGAGGUAAUCAGCCAGUCGAGAGCAAGGUUCAACCCUAGUAUCAGCAUGAUCAAGAAGUGCAUUGAAGUCCUCAUUGACAAACAAUAUAUUGAGCGUAGCCAGACCUCAGCAGACGAAUACAGUUAUGUAGCAUGAAACAAGCUGUUGGUGUUUGGCUUUGUCUGAGUAUGGGUGCAAAGACCUGCUGUGUCACUGAUGUAUUCCUGUGAGAUGAAGCAGAGAUGUGCCUACACCAGGUUCUUCAGUCCAUCACCUGGCAGCCCUUUCUCUGCUGUUUACAGUGCCACAUUGCAAGUGUCAAUGCCUAUAGAUAUCCCAACUCGUCAUCGCAACAUUGCUGUAAUGGGGGAGUGCUUUGGUGCCAUGUUUAUCUCACAGGUGCAGUUGAUAUCUUUUAAAAUGUAAUUUAAAACUAAACACUGUAACAUGGCGAUGAAAUAAUUGUGUUUACACUGUAAAUUUUUCAUCCAAGACUGCAGAUAACAAAUAUGGCACGUGUUCAUUCACAAAAUAAAGCCUGUAUACUACCUGAAGUAUAUAUGUAGGUUUCAGUGAACUAGACCAUUACAUCAGUGUUCUCUGCAGAUCGCCCAGAUGAACGGAUCUAUGUAUAUCAAAAAUGCAGUUUUCCUGAACUAUCACUACAGGAACAUCAUGAGGAAUGUCUAUACCAGUUUGCACUUCCAUUAAAAGGAUUUUUUUCAGAUUGAUUUCUUUCAGUGUUUCUCGUGUGCAUUGAUGAUUGUCAUAAACCCUCCAAAGCCUUAAUUAUUCAGCCUGAAUGCUGCAGGGUUUUUUUUUGGGCAGGCAACUGCCUUCAUGACUGGUGAAGAUGGUCAUGUCUUUAAUAAUAUUUUCAUCGUCUUGGCCUGAAUCAACUCUAUGUCCAACAAAACACAUCUAUUAAAUGCAUUUUUAACAAUUAUAUCGUGCAAUUGAUGGCGGAGAAUCCAAGGCUCAAAGCAACCAGGGCAAAGAGGAGGUUGUCUAUGCUGCUACCAGCCUAGAUCAACUUUUCCCCCUCCCACUACCUUCCAAUAGAGGGAGUGACUGGCCCAACCAGACAUCACCCAUUGGAUAUUACAAUUGAGACUGAAGAACUCGUUGAACUGGGAAGCCAUCAUUAUGGAAUUUCACGCUCACUGAGCUGUUACAUAUAAAGGUCCACAAAAAUUAUCCUAUUACAACAGUUCUGAUCUACCAUAUUUAGCGACACCAAACUUCUAAAAUAAAACCCAUCUAGGUAAAUAUGUCUAAUGAAAUUAUAGAUAUCCAUUAUUAACAUCCGAUAAAAGAUGAAUCUGCCACUUAUUAAAUCAGGAAUUUUGCAUGAAAAUUUUUUUAACUGAACUUACUUGAUCGAAUGAGGUCAGAUGACUAGUUUGUUAAUUGACUCGUGUCCUUGAGGUCUUCCAGACUUCAACCCUGCAUGGUAUUGACAGUUUGAAUGUUUUUAAAGAGAAUUGGCUACCUAUGAUUACCAAUAGUGCCCGCAAUCUCUUUAAAAGCUUUUUACUAACUAUUUGGUGUGUCCUUUGUAUUACCAGGAGCCAAGUGCAGCUGGAAUAGUGAGGAAUAAAACUGUUUUAUUACA